AUGGCAGAUGGUGGCCCCGACGUGACAGAAGGAAAGGGGGGACUAGGGGCCGAUGUGGACAAGGAGCCGAUGUGGCCAAGCUUGAGACGUGGCCUUGCGACACAAGGACUGCAGGACACUGCGGACCGGAUCGACCACUUAAGUGUCUGCUUUGACACCUGCCUCAGCAUCUUCUAUUUCCUGAAGGUAGCUACUUUUUUCCAUCUUAUUUUCCUUCGCCUCAAGUGGAGAGUUAAAAGCAUAGUUCUUGUGAUUCUGUUGGGGUCCUUGUUCUUUUUGGUUUGUCAUGUUGUGGUGGUGAGCAUACAUGAGAAAGUGCAGACUGAGGUAUAUGAAGGAAACGGCACUAGGAAGACCAAAUUGAGGGACAUUUUACAGCUUUCAAAUAUGACUAUAUUCACACUAGCAAACUUCAUACCCUUUGGUAUGUCCCUGACGUCUUUUGUGCUGUUGAUCUUUUCCCUCUGGAAACAUCUCAAGAGGAUGCAGCUCUGUGAUAAGGGAUCCCAAGAUCCCAGCACCAAGGUCCACAUAAGAGCCAUGCAGACGGUGGUCUCCUUUCUCUUGUUCUUUGCCGGUUACUUCUUUACUCUGACGAUCACAAUUUGGAGUUCUAAUUGGCUGCAGAACGAGUUCGGCUUCCUCCUUUGCCAGGUUAUUGGAAUCCUAUAUCCUUCAAUCCGCUUGUUGAUGCUGAUUCGGGGAAACAAGAAGCUAAGACAGGCCUUUCUGUCAUUUCUGUGGCAGCUGAAGUGCUGACUGAAAGAAACAAAGAGGAGCAUCGUGUGUCUUCUAGGAGAAAACCAGUUGAUGGAGUCCAUAACAUUUUAUACUUCUACCUCUUUUUCUAAUGAGUAUAUCAUGGAGUAAUUUCCAAAGGUUUACCUUAGAAAGCCUUUUAUUUAA